AUGGGGCUACAAUGGUUGAUUGCAAAGAUCAGUCCUGGACAUCAAGAUCUCGUGAAAGAACAACCGUUAAGUGAGAGUUCCACUCAAUUAAACGCCUCCUCAAGCACUUCAAAGCCGGGAAACGACGGAGAAAACGCAGAAGAGGGUUUAUUUGACGCUGAGAAGACACUCGAUGAACUGAUGGCUCAAGUGAAGAUCCAACUUGAUGACGACAAAUUGGAGAAUGGGGGAAAUGAGCAAGAUCAAGGGGUCUCUCGGCGUGGCUCCCUUGCUCGACGACAGUCAAAUCGAAAAUCUCUACGCACCACUUCUGCAAUCGAUGUCCUUCAUCAAAAUGGCGAUGCAGGGAAUGAGCCACAUGUGGUUAAGGCGAAGAAAACCCAAUCCAGUCGCGAGCCUGGUCUUCGAUCGAUGCUUUAUGGGCUCACUCAGAAACAGAAGAAAGAAGAGCAACAAGCAAGAAAACUGCUACGGAAGCAACUCGGUUGGUUAUUUUUGGAAAUGACUAAGAAAUGCGAAAAA